AUGGCCCGCACCGAAGAGCAGCCCGACUUCAGCAUUGUCGGGGUGCUGAAAGGCGCGGACGGCCAGCCAAUCGAUCUGAACCUCUCCUACACAUGCCGACUCGUCGCUUCGGAAAUGCACGGCCUCGCUCUGCGCACCAACACCAUCACCUUCUCAACAGUUACUUCGGAUGAGCUCCGCAUCCUCGCCCAGUGUUUUCAGUCAGCGAAGGUGAGCCACGUGGACGGCUAUCGGGAGGGUAUGUCCUAUUAUGCCGUCCAAUACAUGCCGGACAAGGUGUUCGACGAACUCAAGCUCAAAUACCCGCCCUUCAUUCCAGUUUUGGAGAGAAUGAGAAGCGAAAAAGAAGCCGACUGCUUCAUGGUUACCGACAUGAAGCGGAAAGGCCCAUAUGGCGAGGCGAUGUCGCUGUGGUCUGACUUCCUCAAAGAAGUGGUUCAAUCCGUCCUACCCCUAGACCCUGACCAUAAAUUUGUCCAUCGGUACUGGACAGAAAGCGGCGGCAGUGUCACGGACGAUCCGCCCGAAGAGGUCGCCCGUACCAUUCUUCGCAGCAUUGACAUGAUUGAAUGCCCGCUCACCCACUGGGCCAUUCCAGCCGAUCAUGUCAUGAAUGCUGACGAGUUGGCAAAGGGGCUCCUUUCCGACAGAGUGCGAAUGAAGAGGGACCGCAUCAAGUAUCGUUUUUCGGCUGCCGCGGCGGCUGUCCUCUUCCUGCAAUCCCUCGGCAACGGGCGUUGCGCGCACUUGCGCAAAAUCGUGCUUCACGAAGACCACGAGUCUGUUGUCCAUCCUCAGCGCCACGGACUCGGCCUUAUCCCUUUCUGCCAGCAAAACCCCCGGCUCUUCGUGCAGCGUCGCGUCGACCUAUGGAAGAAUGCUCUCCAAUACGACAGUAGGUGGAAUAUGAUUCCAAUGGCCAGGUAUAUGGACAAAUUCCAUUUGCCUUCCGACUGGGGCAUAAUAUCUUCCGAUGUCUCCCAUAUCAUCCACCGUUGGGUGAAGGAAGCCUUGGCACUAGCGCCCGCAGGCAUGCCGGCCAACUCAUUCUCCCUUAUUUUCGACGGCCAACCAAUACCGCACUUGGCUACACAGAUAUUCCAGUCGACUCUUCAGCGGGAUGUCACCUGGCAGCUUGCCUGGGAAGAGUCUGUGAGGCGAGGUAUCAUCGCGGAGCCGCCGUUGUUCAGAGGAGAGGCAUGGUCGGACUGGUAUCCCGGAUACUACUUUAGAGGGUUCCCCCAGGCCAUGAAAGACAUCGCCGACCAGAAAUCGGUCGUGCAAUGCAACUUUGACGUCGGAGAGCCAUGGAAUGUUGAACGGAUGGUCCAGGACCACAUGGACUGGAAUGCUCAGAAGUGGGCCGAGCAAAUGCGUGAGGGUCACGAACCGAAACUAUGGGAAACGGUGCCUCCGCUGCCGACAUGGAGAUCGGUCUUGGAGGAGAACCUCGUCCCCAUACCGGACGGGCCGUAUUUGCCUUACGGCGAUUCCGAUUCCGAUAUCGAUUUCCCUUCCAGUUCCGAUUCCGAUUCCGAUUCCGAUUGA